CUUUGAGGAUUCUUAUUCGAGCACGUAUAAUGUCCAGAUAAUGACACGCGUACGCGACAAGACGCGUUUUCGGUCGGACAAUUGAUUUUUUAUGGUGCCGCAAUCCAAUUGGAGGCGACGCGUCCAGUACUCAGGUCCACAAACCUCUGCGGCAACCACUUGUUUCAUUAGAGAUAAAUACAAAUCAAGAUUCACUCAUCAUCGCCCCCCCAUUUCAUUCAACUAAUUGCGCCUUAUUCCGACUGCAGCUCAUCAGUAAAUGGAUCCCGAAUUAUUCUUAAGUCACCAGGAAAAGCUGGUCCAGGCCGAGCGCGAUUUUGAGGUGCAGGAGAUCCAGCGAGUGUUUGAAGCAUGCACGCCCGCUCAACUCGCCAAGCGAGGACUUGCAGUAUUAGGGCUGACAGUCGUCGGUAUGAAGACUGGCGCAGGUGGAAAGAGUUUAGUCGAUCUUGAGCUGUCGAACGCAACAUCAACUAGUUCCGCCUUGCCCACCCACAGAUUGCGAGUUGGGGAUAUCGUCGCCUUGGAGGAACAUGGCACAGGAAGCAAGGGAAAGCCCAUGAAGGCUGGCUGGAAACCAAAACUGGACGGCGUCAUCUUUCGAAUUACAGAAUCCACCAUCGUUGUCGCCAUCAAAUCCAGGAAAGAAGGAGAGAAUGAGGAAGAGAUCCCAAAGGAGGUCCAGGAACGCUGUCGGCUUGUCAAGUUGGCUAACAAUGUUACCUACGAGAGAAUGCUCUCACAAAUGAAGUUCCUGAAGGGCACGCUUUCACAAGUCUCCGCAAACAGUUUGCCACUGGCUCUGACAAACGUGUUGUUCGGUGCACAAACCCCAACGUUCGACGAGGCAUGGACUGAUCUCUCCAAGGUCAAGUUUCUGGACCCGACUUUGAAUCCGUCUCAGCAGGAAGCCGUGAGAUUCGCACUGGCCGCAGAGCAGGUGGCCUUGAUCCAUGGACCGCCAGGCACAGGAAAGACCUUUACGCUGGUUGAGUUGAUUCGACAACUCGUCCUGCAAAAGAAACGGAUUUUGGUUUGUGGGCCCUCCAACAUUAGUGUGGACAACCUGGUGGAGCGUCUUGCUAGUCACAGGAUCAACAUUGUCAGGACAGGCCACCCAGCUCGACUGCUGCCGAGUGUGCUGGAUCACUCGCUCGAUGUGCUCUCCAGGACCAGUGACCAAGGAAGGCUCGUGAACGACAUCCGUGUGGAGCUGGACGAAACCUUUCAAAAGAUCCAACGGUGCAAAUUUCGCUCGGAGCGCAAACAACUGUAUCAGGAGGUGAAGCAGCUUCGAAAGGAUUUCAAGGCGCGCGAAAAGCUGGUCGUCAAGGAACUGAUCCAGAGUGCGAGCGUGGUCUUGAGCACAUUGAACGGAUGUGCGGCAAAGAAUCUCUGGGGCGAGAAGUUUGAUGUUGUGAUUAUUGAUGAGGCAACACAGGCCUUGGAAGCGGAAUGCUGGAUUGCCAUUGGCAAGGGAGCAAAAGUGGUUUUGGCCGGGGAUCAUCUACAGUUACCGCCGACGAUUGUUUCAGAGGGAAUCAGCGCUACGUCGCUCCUGGCGGCAGAAGCGCUCUCGCUUACUAAGGAGCUUAAGGAACAGAGGAAAAAAGCCGCCAGGGCCGGAGCUUCUGCAUCCUUUGAGGUCCCUGCACUGGAUUUGGAGCGGAUCGCCAAGGACAAGGACUAUUCAUCAUUCUUACUCUCGACCACGAUGUUCGUGCGACUCCUGGGCUGUUUCCCCAAAGAUGGUGCCAAGCUAAUUAAGCGAACUCUAGUGACACAGUACCGGAUGCACGAGGAUAUCAUGGCUUUCCCGAGCACGAAAUUGUACCAGAACUUACUCGUUGCGGACGAAUCUUGUCGACAAUGGCUGCUGAAGGAUUUGCCGAGGGUGAAAAAGGCACGCGAUCCGUCCGAGGAAGAAAGCGACGUGGAUCAUGCGUUGGUUUUCUUGGAUACCAGUAUGGCUGGCAUGACUGAGGAGACAGAAAACCAGGACGGAAAUGGACCAGGGGGGUCUUCCGUGGGCGGCGGACCCGAUGACAGCAAGUUGAACCGAGGGGAGGCUGCUACUGUGGUGGAAUAUGUCAAGGACUUGAUGAAGUCUGGUGUUGGCCCAGAGGACAUUGCCAUCAUCACGCCUUAUAGUGCACAGAACGCAUUGCUGCGACAAUUAUUGAAAGAGGAUUACCCCGAUAUUGAAAUUGGCACUGUGGAUGGCUUUCAGGGACGCGAAAAGCAGGCUGUCAUUUUGACCCUGGUUCGUUCUAACGAUGCUGGAGAGGUCGGAUUCUUGUCUGACCGCCGUCGACUCAAUGUGGCGAUGACCCGUUCCAAGAGGCAGCUCUGUGUGGUCGGAGACUCUGAGACACUGAGCAAGAACGAUCCGUUUUUGAAGGCGUGGAUGGAGUUCCUGAGCGAACAUGCUGAUGUCCGGUAUAUCGAUUAAGGCGGACUUUGCCUUUGCCGUCGUCCAACCUAUAUACCAACGUGCAGGGCACCUCUGGAUGCCAUCUCUGGUUGUUAGGUCUUCUUAUCUAAUCGUGUACAAUAAAGGCUGUUAUUUGUCAAUCGAAAUUA